AUGUUGAAGAAACUCACCUUCUUACCAUCCUCUUACAGGUUUCUGUACGAUGUGUUUGGAACGAUCGUUGACUGGCACGCGACUGUAACCCAGGAGUUAACCUCAUUUGCCACUCUAACCUCAACCCGUUUCCCGAUAAGCGUCCAACUCACCUCUAAGAAUUGGAGCGAAUUCGCUCAAAAGUGGCGUCGCAGUUACUGCACUCGUGUCAAGAAGUCGCUGUCAGGUGAGCUCCCCUUUAUCACCGUGGACAAGAUAAAUAGGGAAAUUUUGGAUGACCUACUCAAAGAGUUUGAUAUCCCUCAACACUUAUGGAGCGAAGAUGAGAUGGAACAGGUGACUAUGGUUUGGCACCGGUUGGAUUGUUUUGAGGACAGCAUACCAGGUCUGACGAGAUUAAGCAAUAAAUACAUCAAUGCCACUCUGAGUAAUGCUAAUGUGAGGUUAUUAGUGGAUUUAAAACGACACGCGGGAUUGCACAUGUUGGAUUACAUGUUCUCUGCCGAGCUUUUUAAAGAGUAUAAGCCAAAGGAGGAGACAUAUUUGGGAGCAUGUAGGAUGUUAUCGUUGAGACCCGAUGAGGUCGUGAUGGUGGCUUCACAUCCGUACGAUCUGAUCAACGCGAAACUGCAUGGGUUGAGAACCGUUUACGUGAGAAGAAAAGAAGAACUGGAUUGUCAUGAAGACAAUGGGCCGAUUAAUGAAGAUGAGUUUGAUUGGGUGGUGGACAGUUUAGAAGAAUUGGCCGAGGUCAUGGGGUGUUAG